AUGUCGACCAGAAGUCGAGUCCUCUCGUUUAUGUCCAGCUUUUCCAGUAGCAAUCGAGACGCGCAAAGAAGUCCCACGCCUACUGGCCCAGCCCCCGUACAACAAAGACAAGAGUCCUUUAGACAUGAGCCUCUAAGACACGAUGCUGCAAGGGAUCCAGCUACACCAGCGCGUGGCUCCCAGCCGCCGUAUAAUAUGGACGGGGAGUCGCCGCAGCCACGAGUACAACGCGAACGAGCUUCUUCGAGACCGAUGUCAAUGGUUCAAACGUACCAACCGCCCCUGAUGGACGUAAGCCAGGAUACUCUGCCAGAGCUUCAACCAAUCUUCACCUUUCUUAACAGUCAUGCGAACAAGCUGUAUCAAGAAGGAUACUUCCUGAAGCUAGAUGAUCAAAACACUCAUGGCAGACCCAAUGCAGACAGAACAUGGACGGAAUGCUUUGCGCAAUUGGUUGGGACAGUCCUUUCAUUGUGGGAUGCUGCAGAGCUUGAUGCUGCUGGACAAGACGGAGAGGUACUUCCAAAAUUCAUCAACUUGACUGAUGCUUCAAUCAAGAUGAUUACCUCACUUCCAACGAGAUCAGACACUGAAGCACCUUUACAAAACGUUCUUAGCAUAUCCACUGCCGGGAAGAACAGAUACCUUCUCCAUUUCAAUUCUCACCAUUCCUUAAUCCAGUGGACCGCCGGGAUCCGACUUGCUAUGUUCGAGCAUGCUACUUUACAAGAGGCUUACACUGGUGCAUUGAUUGCUGGAAAGGGCAAGGCUUUGAAUAACAUCAAUGUGAUCAUGGACCGCGCCAAGAUGCCCACUGCCGACUGGGCUCGGGUUCGAUUUGGAGCAGGUACUCCAUGGAGACGCUGUUGGUGUGUCAUUACACCUCCGGACGAGAAAGAAGUUCAGAGGCUGCAGAAGCAAAUGAACAAGAAGAAAUCCGCGUACGACAGAUCAAGACCACCCUUUCUGAAGGGUGAUAUCAAAUUCUUUGAUUCCAAAAAGACUAAGAAGAUGAAGCCUAUUGCAACCAUUUCUGACGCAUACUCCGCUUUUGCUAUAUAUCCUCAGUCCAAGCCACUCAUAGACGCCUCGACACUAGUCAAGGUAGAGGGAUCCAUUAUCAUUCAUUCAAACCCACCUACGACGUCGGAAGGGUUCGUUUUUGUGAUGCCAGAAGUGCACCCAGCUGUGACGGGGUUCGAAAUGAUGCUACGCUGGCUGUUUCCAGUCUUCGAUACAUUUGGACUCUAUGGACGUCCUGGUAGAUUGGUAGCAGACAUCUCGGAUCCCCGCAGUCUCAUGUUCGCAAUGCCUAAGCAUCGUAGAUACGGCUAUCUCGAGAUCUUGGAUGUUUCUGGUCUUAUCUUGGAACAGGGCAGUGAGAAUUGGAAAGAGGGUGAAUGGAGAAAAAGAAUGAAGGAGCUGACGUGUAAGCGAAUGACAGCAAUCGAGGCUGGAAGCCAGGCAAAUAGCAGGUACAACAGCAGAAGAAGCACUCGAAAUAGUUUUGGACCGUCUCGAAGCCGUGUACAAUUCGACGACGGCGCCUCUGUCAGAUCAUCUCCGUCCAUUGCAUGGAACAAUGGUCAAGAACCGUCCGUUGGCGUCCCACGAACAGAUUCUGCUCCUGCAGCAGCUGGGCCGUUCACUCCCCCAAGAGCCCAACCAAUGACCCACCAACGCUCAGUUUCCGAGACUCAUGGCUUGGACCGUUAUCAGCAAGCCGCGGGUGGAUAUGAUGGACAGUACGAUUCUCCGCCGCCACCACCUCCUCAUGCUAUUGGAAUUGCGUCGGGUCGAGAAGGCUCAAGCUUGCGAUACAGGUCGGACAUGGCACCAACUCCCGAGAGAGUUAGCUCCGAGGAUGAGCAGGUUGCAAGAACUACUCCAGUACGAGAACUUCAAGACUUACAAACUGUAACGUCUCCAGAGCCUGUAGCAGCUCCACCAGCAUUUUCACAUGCUCCCGGCUCAAUGCCAACGAGCAAACCGUACCACUCGCCAGAACUGCGUCGCGCAAAUAGCCGUAUGUCGAGUACUACUCUCAAUCAGCUUGCUGUCGCAGGUGGUGUGGCAACUGCAGGCUAUCACGCAGUCGGGCAUGAUUACAGAGAUGGGGACGAUCAAAGACGGCACGAUAUGAGCCAAUACUCCGAAGAGAGAGGACAGAGAGGGGUACUUUCAGAUGCCAGCCCAAACGAAUAUUCUGCUAAUGACGGUCUGAAUGAAGGCUUGGUAGCAGCUUCUAAACCACGAUUUUCCUUCGAGCAACCUUCCCCUAUGGCUCCAACAGAUGAGCACACCGAUUAUCCUCAACCACCUCCACAAUUUCCUUACGACUCUCAUAAUUUACCUUCUACAGCUCAGGUCGAUAUCAGCCCUCCCGGAUCACGACCCACUUCAAGUCGAGCUCAAAACUUCAACAACCGUACAUAUGAUUCACCGCAAGUAUUCAAUUCCCAAGAGUCCUCAUCAAUGCCACCUCGCCAUGGUGCCCAACCAUCAUCAGACUCUACAUACAGCAUAUCAUCUCAACCUCGUAUUCACACCAACUCAGGUGUUGUUGCUCGGAAGCCACUUCCUACCCAGAACUCGGUCGAAACUCCAACAUCAGCACAGACAGCUUCGAGUACACACAGUUCGGGGCGCCAUGUUAUUGACGAAGCUGCCUUCGACAUGAUUGGCAACGACGAUAGAAGGUUGACUCCGCUUCCAGACAAUCAGAUGCGGCGUCAGAACAGUGGCGUGAGUAGCGUCUAUGAAGACACAGAAUCGACCACCUCUCCGGAUUAUGCCAGCACAAGGCGUUCUGUAGAUACACAACAAUCAGUAGAGAAACCUCGAGCUGGUGUUAUGAAGACUGUUGGGCAGUUGGAGAAGACAACCUCAAAUGACUCUAGAAAAGGACCAGCUUUGGAUAUUGAUUUCGGACCUACCUUGAACUUGACCUCGGAUCGCCCAGUACGAAGCCAAAGUCCUGGCCUGGCUCAGAGCUACGGAAUUGCUUCUAACCAGGGUCCUGACCGGGCGCCAAGACAACCUAGCCCUGGUCGAGGACUCGACACUGCAAAACCCUCUCCGGGUCGCAAUGUUACAACCCCUGAGAACGCACAUUACCGCAACAACUCAUCCGAUCCUAGAACUGUGGCAUGGCAACCAGGCAUGGCCAUGAGUACAAAUGUCGGUCAAUCCAUUACACCCGAACAAUUUGUCCAACAGCGUGCCGCUGUUGCAACCGCUACUCCGCUCUAUGCACAUCAACGACAGCAAUCUAGUAACACCCUCCGUGGGAAUACACCAACACCACCUCAAGGCCACUCUCGAAACAAUUCCGCCGAUUUGCUUCAGCGGCCGGCUUCCAGAGGUGCUUCCGUGGCUUUGGCCCCAUCUGGGUCAGGUGAUAUUGCAUCUACGCUUUCGGCACGCGAACAAGAGCAUAUUGCAAAAAUGACGGGUCAACCACUCAUCAGUAUGGCCCAGAACAAUAAUCGACAAGCUCCAGGUGGUGGUCUUGUUGGUGCGAUCGAGGCAAGAGAGAAAGAGAAACAGCAAAUUAAGCAAGGAGUCAAUAGUCAGGCUGUCCAGCAAGCGAUCAUGCAACGACAGCAACAAGCAAUCGCACAACAGCAGCAACAAGCCAUGUAUCAGCAGCAGCAGCAGUAUUCAGAUCAGAUGCCACAAGCUCAGUACGGUAACAUGGGUCAAUACCCGCAAAACUUUGCUGCUCAAGCCCAGCGACAGCAAUCUUGGGUCUCACCGGCAGCCAACGUUUACGCCCAGGGUGGUGGAUUUUCUGCUCCAUCGACCGCUUGGACAGGAACGCCAGAUGGAAGACAAUCACCUUCCCAAUAUCCACCCAGACAGCAGCAAUACUUUCCACCCCAACAAGGAAAUCAAGACCAGGGACAAGGGCGAGGGAAUGCCGGAUUUCACGGACAUGGUUAUUAG